AUGGCAGAUGUGAAUGAAUAUUUCUCUAUUGACUUGUCUAAUGAUGGAGGUAUGAGUGAGGAUGUUGAUUCUGUGGCAGUGGCUGAUGAUGGCAAUGGCAAUAAUGAGAAUUCUAAUCCAGAUCGUUGCAAAUUAAUCCCUGACUUGACAGUUGAUGAGAUAAGGGAGCUGGUGUUUUGUUAUGAGAAGGAUGCUGUUGAAUUUUACCAACACUAUGCCCAUUUCAAAGGUUUUGGUGCAAGGAAAGAUGAUGUCCGUCGUGAUCGAAAGGGUAAUAUUAUUAGUCGUCAACUGGUGUGUAAUAGGGAAGGUGAGAGACAUGAGAAGCAUUUGAAUAAGGUUAGCCGAGUCAAAGAAGCAAAGCCUAUUACCAGAGUGGCUUGCCCAGCAAAGUUCCGUGUCCGUUUUCAUGCAGACUCAAGCAAGUGGAAGGUUGUGCUAUUUGAACCAGAACACAAUCAUGGGUUGACACCUGCAUCCCACGUUCAUUUGAUGCCCUCAUUCAGGGGAUUGACUGAUGGUGACAAGGCUCAAGUAGACAGUCUAAAGCUGUAUAGGGUGAGAAGUUGCAACAUAAUGGGGCUUUUGAUGGGUCAGAAAGGUGGGCAUGAAUCGGUGGGUUUUCUGAAAAAGGACUUAUAUAAUCAUGUUGAUAAGAAGAAAAGGAUAAGUUUAGGUGCUGGAGAUGCAGCCAGUGCAUUGAGUUAUUUGCAGCGUAAGGGGGAGAAGGAUCCCAUGUUUUUUUUCAAAUUCACAAGAUCAGGUGAAGAAAAUCUUGAAAACUUGUUUUGGUGCGAUGGAACAAGUCGCCUUGAUUACCAAGCGUUUGGAGAUGCCAUUGUUUUUGACAGCACCUACAAGAAGAACAAGUACAACAAACCGGUUGUUAUCUUUUCUGGCUACAAUCAUCACAAGGAGACUACAAUUUUUGCAUGUGCCUUGGUUUGUGAUGAGACCAUUGAGACUUACAAAUGGGUCCUGAAAGCCUUGGAUGAAGCUAUGUUUGGAAAGCAACCCAAAGCUGUUGUGACUGAUGGAGACAAAUCUAUGCGUGAAGCAGUGAAGGUUGUGUUUCCUAAUGCUACUCAUAGGCUUUGUGGAUGA